AUGCGCAUUCGAUUUGUUUAUACUUCCUUGCUAAGAAAAAAGAUAGGUUAUUUCCCGCGUGUUUAUAUAAUUUUGGUUUUGAUUGCAAAAUGUUACCUAUAGUACAUAACUACUUAGGAAGGAUUCGUCGACGAGAGGAGAACCGAAGACUUGUUUUAGAAAGACGAAUGUUAAGGGAUCACAGUAAUCCUUUUGAGAUUCCCGAAGAUCGCUUUAUAGAACUUUACCGGUUAAACAGGGCUUGUGCGAGAUAUUUAUUAACUACAAUUAAUCCAUACUUGGAAGAAGGAGUAUAUAGGAAUACAGUUCCAAAUAUACUUAAAGUUUUUGCCACCUUAAGAUUUUAUGCAAGUGGAUCUUACCAGCGAGACAUUGGCCUAGCGUUUAAUAUAAGCUUAAGUCAAACUUCUAUUCACAGAUGUAUCCACCAAGUCACGCAAGUAAUAACAGAAGUGCUUCCGAAUAAUGAAAUUAGAUUUCCCAUCACAAGGCCAGAACAGAAUAGGAAAAAAGAGGCCUUCAUGGAGAAUUAUGGAUUUCCGGGCGUUAUAGGCUGUGUUGAUGGUACACAUGUGGCCAUAUUAAAGCCUCGUGUUGACGCACAUAAUUUCCUUAAUCGUAAGGGAUAUUAUUCAUUAAAUGUGCAAAUCAUUUGUGACGCUGAGCUAAAAAUAUUAAGCAUUAAUGCUAAUUAUCCCGGCUCAAAUCAUGACAGCUUUAUUUGGAGGCAGUCAAGAAUACGACAUUUUCUGUUGCAACAGUAUCAUGCAAAUGGAUUGAGGGGAAGCUGGUUGCUUGGAGAUUCAGGGUAUAUGUUGGAACCAUUUUUGAUGAUUCCUUUUUUAAAUCCUGCAGAAAACGCCCCUGAAUCACGUUUUAAUGUAAAUCACAUUCGUGCCAGAAACUGUGUAGAAAGGGCAAUUGGAGUUUUAAAAUGUCGAUUUAGGGUAGUACUACAAGAACGAACUGCAAGGUACGAACCUAAUUUUGUGGGAAAACUUGUAAUUGCAUGUUCGGCUUUACAUAAUUUAUGUAUGAGAUUUCGGGUACCAUUAUUAAAUGAACCCUUUCAAAAUGACGAGGAUGUGUUUUUACCACAAAUCAAUAUAAUUAAUGUGCCACCUCAUUUACAAAGACAAGGGGUAGAUGUUAGAAAUGAAAUUUCUUAA